CUUGAUCGCGCCAUCAACGCCCGUGAAUCGGCCUAUGCGGAAGCUUGCCGUCUCUACGAUGUCAUCGAUCGCCACUUCAACCGGCUAGACAGCAUUAAGCAAAAGCUCGAAGCUCUCCCCAAGCCCGCGUCGCGCGAACCCACUCCUCCUCCCGCGCCGCCCGUCACAACAACCAAAAGGAGCCGCUCGACCAAGAAAACCGAGGAAGCUUCUGGCCCGCCCACCACGACGCGCAUCACUUUGCGCUUGGAUGGCCACGAUACUGCUCGCGCGACAACUGUGCAGAAGUCGCGCACACGCCGAUCCCUCAUCUCCGCCGAGCAUCUGGCCGAUUUGCACCCCGACUCGCCUAUUGCCAGCACAGAGCAUUCAGAUGUGGAGCCGGACAGCAAAAUAACGCCCUCAGAGUCACCCCCGGAGCCGGCAGCAGCGCCCGCCAAGAAGGAGAAGGGCCGUCGGCGAUCGCGGACUUCUGGCUUGGUUUCGACCGGUGCUCAAGGCCCUUCUGCUCCGGCCAUAUCGACCAGCAAUGCGUUAGCGAUGCUCAAGCCACCUCCUGACGAUGCCAAACCUGGAAGCGAGGAUAUGCCAUGGUUGCGUCUGACUGAGUGGGAAAUGACGAAACUGCGGAAGAAGAUGAAGAAGAAUGCCGUUUGGCAACCCAGCGAGGUCAUGAUUCAUCGCGAGCUGGCCUUGCGCGGCCGCGGCUGGGAGGCUUACCGAGCGGCGAAAGCUCAGGCUGAGGCCACUGGUGCUGAAUUCUUGGACUGUGACGACAUCAUGAACACGUACGUUCCGGGCAAGCUGACCAAACGCAGCGAAGCCACCGGCGACACUGAGGGCACAUUCGAGACUAAGCUUAGCAACCGUGGCAUGAAGCUGAAUGAGGCCAAGAAGCUUAAACGGGAGAACCAGGCCCGAGAGCAGGCGGCAGCUGCAGCCGCCGCCGCCGCCGCCGCAGCAGCCCAAGAACAAACAGCCAAAGAUGGAGUCCAGCCAGGAGUGGCUCCCACUGAUGUACCCACAGCUAGUGUUCCAGAAGUUUCAGCUGUGAGCAAGCCCACUCGUGCAGGGAAAAAGAGGAAACUCGAAGAGCAAAGGAUCCCCCACACCCGUUGAUCCAAACAUCGCC